UAAUUCUAAUUCAAAUCUCGCGCGCUUUUCAAAGUCCACGGCUGGAACCAAUGCGUGUCUUUUUUACAGGACGAGAAAAGUUAAAUAACAAUUAUGGUGCUCGGUAUGCCAUAGAAGGACGGCAAUUUUUUCCCUUUUGUAUCUGCGUGAGUGAUAUUGAACCAUGCCGAAGCCUGUAGACCAGCUGAGCAUGAUUUCGUCCACGGAAAAGGUGGAGGUCGGCGGCCCUGGCCAGCCCAUCGUCAAAAUAGGACACUACACCCUUGGAGCAACGCUAGGCAUAGGAACCUUUGGAAAAGUCAAAAUUGGUGAGCACCAAGUGACCAAGCACAAAGUGGCUGUGAAGAUUUUGAACCGCCAGAAAAUCAAGAGUCUCUCGGUGGUUGGAAAAAUACGCAGGGAAAUCCAAAAUUUGAAACUAUUCAGACACCCUCACAUUAUCAAACUGUACCAAGUGAUCAGCACUCCGACGGACAUAUUCAUGAUCAUGGAAUACGUGGCUGGUGGUGAACUCUUUGACUACAUUGUCAAAAAGGGAAAGCUGAAAGAGCACGAGGCGCGCAGGUUCUUCCAGCAGAUCAUUUCGGGAGUCGACUACUGCCACCGACACAUGAUCGUGCACAGAGAUUUGAAGCCGGAGAAUUUGCUCCUGGACCACAACCAGCACGUGAAAAUCGCAGACUUUGGACUCAGCAACAUGAUGAUGGACGGCGAGUUCCUCAGAACCAGCUGCGGUUCGCCUAACUACGCUGCACCAGAGGUGAUAUCUGGCAAGCUGUACGCAGGGCCCGAAGUGGAUAUUUGGUCUUGCGGCGUGAUUCUGUACGCCCUGCUCUGUGGCACUCUUCCCUUUGACGACGAACACGUUCAGAAUCUCUUCAGAAAGAUAAAAUCUGGCGUUUUUCCCAUUCCUGACUAUUUGAAUAAGCCAGUGGUCGGCCUCCUGUGCCACAUGCUGCAAGUGGACCCCAUGAAGCGAGCCACGAUUGAGGACAUCAAGAAACACGAGUGGUUCCAGAAGGAGCUGCCAGCCUACCUGUUUCCUGCCACGGUUGACCAGGACUCGUCGCUCAUCGACCUAGAAGCCAUCAAUGAAGUUUGCGAGAAAUUCCAAGUUAAAGAGCAGGAGGUGCACAAUGCAUUGCUGAACGGCGACCCGCACGACCAGUUGGCCAUCGCCUACCACCUGGUGAUCGACAACAAACGCAUCGCCGACGAAGCGGCCAAGGCGGAAAUCAAAGAUUUCUACGUGGCCAGCAGCCCGCCACCUGUCUCCUUCAGCCCCAGUGAAUUCACGCCGAGCCCUUCCAGGCCACACCCUGAGAGAAUCGCCCCUCUGCGAGAACGGGUGCUGGCCAACAGCGGCAGCGCCUCACUUGGACCAACUUCGCACUUGCAGGACAGGCACCGCGCCCCGGUCAAGAGGGCAAAGUGGCACCUUGGAAUCAGAUCGCAGAGCAAGCCGCAUGACAUCAUGGGCGAGGUGUACAGAGCCAUGAAGGCGUUGGACUUCGAAUGGAAGGUGAUCAAUCCGUACCACGUUCGUGUCCGCCAGAAGAACCGUCAGAAGGACAACUACGUGCUGAUGUCGUUGCAGCUGUACCAGGUCGACCCCAAGAGCUACCUGCUCGACUUCAAGAGCCUCAGCGGCGAGGACCAGGAACUCAGUGCCUCCUCUGAUUAUAUAGCGGCGCCGUUGAACAUAACAGGGCACCACACGAUGGAGUUCUUUGAGAUGUGCGCAGCUCUGAUCACGCAGCUGGCUCGUUGAAGCGUUGAUUAAACGAAAUUCUUAUUGUGUUCUCUCCACGGCGGAAGGGUAGUACAAACCGAUUUAUCGUUACGUUUUCUUAGUCAUUGGGCCGAAGUGAUGAAAGCAAUUAAAUAAAUACAUAUAUACCGUAUUAUCAAAUUCAAA